UGGAGCUGGAGCUGGAACUCCGUGGGGCCGGGGCCCCGGCUGCCGGGCAGCGGCUCCUCCAGUCCGACGCCGCGGCGGAGCAUGAGGCGGUGGCGGGUUCCCGGCGGAGCCGCCGGCCGGGAAGCAUGCUGCGCUGGUUCAUCACCGUGAUCCUGUGUGCCGCCUUCCUGGGUCUGGGAAUGAGUGUUGCUAUACUGGGGCCCACGUUUCAAGAUUUGGCAACAAAUGUGAACCGCAAUAUUAGCAGUCUUUCUCUGAUUUUUGUGGGCCGUGCCUUCGGAUAUUUGAGUGGCUCUGUGAUUGGUGGAGUUCUUCUUGACAAUAUGAAUCAUUUUCUACUCUUGGGAGUGUCAAUGUUGGCCACCACAGUUGGUCUUUAUCUUGUUCCAUUUUGUAAGACAGCAACAUUACUGAUUGUCAUGAUGUCCAUCUUUGGUGUUUCGAUUGGCAUUCUGGAUACAGGUGGUAACGUCCUAAUCUUGGCUCUUUGGGGGGACAGAGGAGCCCCACAUAUGCAGGCCCUGCACUUCAGUUUUGCCUUGGGCGCCUUCUUGGCUCCACUGCUGGCUAAACUGGCAUUGGGCACGACGGUGUCUGGUGACAGUCACCCAGAAGCUGAUGACCACGGCUCUCUCAACCAGUCAUCUGAGGCCGACACAGAACCUCUGCUCGGAAUACCCGACAACCUGAAUUUACUGUGGGCUUACGCCCUGAUUGGUACUUACAUUUUUGUAGUUUCUGUCUUUUUCUUGGCUCUGUUUUUAAAGAAAAGCUCAAGGCAGGAAAAAGCAAAAGCGUCUGCUCAGAGGUCUCGAAGAGCCAAAUACCACAACGCCCUUCUUUGUCUGCUUUUUCUGUUCUUCUUCUUUUAUGUGGGGGCCGAGGUGACGUACGGCUCUUACGUUUUCUCGUUUGCGACCACCCAUGCCGGCAUGAAGGAGAGUGAAGCGGCUGGCUUGAACUCCAUCUUCUGGGGGACCUUUGCUGCCUGCAGGGGCCUGGCCAUCUUCUUUGCCACAUGUUUACAACCUGGAACCAUGAUCGUGUUAAGCAACAUCGGCAGCCUGGGGUCAUCUUUAUUGCUGGUGCUUUUCGACAAGAGUCCAGUUUGUCUCUGGAUAGCAACGUCCGUGUACGGGGCGUCAAUGGCCACCACGUUUCCCAGCGGUGUCUCUUGGAUUGAGCAGUACACGACCAUCCAUGGGAAAUCUGCAGCUUUUUUUGUAGUUGGUGCCGCCCUGGGAGAAAUGGCUAUUCCUGCAGUAAUUGGAAUUCUUCAGGGAGCAUACCCUGAUUUGCCUUUGGUCUUGUACACCUCUUUGGGGGCAUCGAUAGCCACUGCUGUUUUAUUUCCUGUGCUCUAUAUGUUAGCCACAUCACCUCUCCGUCAACAGCGGAAAGACCACAGAAAAAGCGAGGACCAGAAAGCUUUGCUUUCUAGCUCUGAGCUAAAUGACUACGAGGAAGAGAAUGACGAAGAAGAUGCAGAAAAGUGGAAUGAAAUGGAUUUUGAAGUGAUCGAAAUGAAUGAUACAAUGAGGAAUUCCGUAAUAGAGACAUCUAGAAAUAUUUUGACGGAGCCCUUAGCUGAAGUCUCCAGUCACUCACACGCCAGUGCAGUUUCAUUGGAGUCCUCUCCAGUUAACACCGGCAGGUCCCCUGUGAAUCACCUCGCAAAGAACCAGGCUAAAAGGGACUAAUACCUAGAGACGAUGGAUUAUUUACUGACCUCCUUGAAUAAUCUGUGGCUUUAAUGAAGCCAGUCAGAGCAGAGCAUUAACAGAUUUUCAUCAUGCUUUGGGGAAUCAAAAUGUCUAGGUCAGAGUAUGUAUAGUAAAUGCUAAAAAGUUUUGGCAGGUUCUGUAAUUCCCAGAGUUUUCCAUAAAGAACAAAUGGUGUCAUACAGCAGGAUCUCGUUGUGAGGCUAGUGUUUGGCACGUGGCUGCUUCAGUAAUGUUUUACGGUCUCCAUCCCUCAGAGCGUGCAAAGGAGUGGUC